AUGCCUAAGCUAGAACCAGGAAGUGUGGUUGUCAUGGAUAACGCUCCCUAUCAUUCGGUAAGAACCGAAAAAAUACCAACAACCAGCUGGAACAAGCAGCAAAUAAUAGAUUGGCUGCAAAGCAAAGGCAAAUCCAUGGACAUCACUUAUUUAAAAAAAGAAUUAUUAAUGAAAGUUGCAGAAAUCGCCCCACAAUAUAAUAAAUAUUUAAUAGAUGAGACUUCCAAAAAUGACGCAAUAGCAUUAAUAGACGCUAAUCGUUGGAAGAAGUGCUGCGACCACGUGAUACGCGAAGAAAAUACCAUGUGGAAUUUGGAUCACAUCAUGGAACUUGCAGAACAAAAUUCUUUCAUAAUUAAUGUAACUGGAGAAUCUAGCGAUAUUGAUUAG